AAGGACAGGAUCAUUCUACAACAGGAUUUGAAACUGAUCAACUCUCCAGCCCAGCCAUCCAGAGCAGUCGGCUAAGUCUCUGUGGCUGUCAGCUUAACUCUGCCACUGGUUCCUGUGGGGUAGGGGAGUUAAAUAGGACACAGACUGAGAGAGGAGCAAGCCUGUUUGCUGGGAGUCGAGGAGGCAGAGAAAGACAGAGGGAAGAAGGGUGAAUUGGCUACAACCCAGGUGCGGAAGCAGAGUCUUGCCAGAUUAGUCAGACUGUUCUGCUUGCAACAACGUGCGCCAGCCUGGCUGGCAGGCACAAGACACCGUGGGAAAAUCAGUGACCACCAUGUUGUCUCUGAGUGGAGGCUACUGGUGGAGAAAUACACUUUCUGCAAGAUGGAGAGAAGCUAGCUUGCUUGCCUGUUGGCUUUCAUUUUGUGCAGCAGAAUCUCUCACUGUUUGUCCCUCCUCCUGCAAGUGCAACAGUGGUACUCUAGAGGUGGACUGUAGUGGUUUGGGCCUUUCAUCUAUCCCUGUGGACAUUCCUACAAACACCAGGACUUUUCUUUUCCUCAACAACCAAUUAAGCACCUUGCCAGGACAAGCUUUUUCCAACCUUUCUGCUCUCCGGAGACUGGAUCUUUCAAACAACUUCUUAGAUCAGCUUCCUGAGAAUGCUUUCAGAGACUUAGCAAACCUCACUGAGCUACAGUUGAGGAACAAUAGCAUCAGGAGCUUGGACAAAGACCUUCUCCAAAACACUGCUCUUCUGCGUCAACUGGACUUAUCAAUCAAUGGCAUUGCUCAAAUCCCUUCUGGCAUCUUUGAUGAUCUGUCCUCUCUCCGCUGGCUCUCCCUCAGGUCAAACCGCCUGCAAAAUUUGGACAGGGUGACCUUCGAGCCAUUAGUUAGCUUGCAGCAGUUGCAAGUGGGCGACAACCCCUGGGAAUGUGACUGCAACCUGAGAGAUUUCAAAUACUGGAUGGAAUGGUUCUCCUAUCGAGGAGGAAAGAUAGACCAGCUGGCAUGUACCCUGCCUAAGGAGCUGCGGGGGAAGGAUAUGCGCAUGGUGCCCAUGGAGAUGUUUAACUACUGUUCCCAGCUGGAGGAUGAGAACAGCUCUACAGUCCUGGACAAUGUUGGCCCUCCUUGCACUAAGGGAAGCACAACUGCUGCCAAGGCAAAAACCAGCCUGGAAGCAGAAGAGGAGCCCAGCGUGGGUUGCCCCCAGAAACAAAGAUACAGGCCUGUCAGCGUGCGCAGGGCCAUUGGCACAGUCAUCAUAGCUGGGGUGGUUUGUGGCAUUGUGUGCAUCAUGAUGGUAGUGGCAGCAGCGUAUGGAUGUAUCUAUGCAUCGCUCAUGGCUAAGUACCACCGGGAACUGAAGAAGAGGCAGCCAUUGAUGGGGGACACGGAAGGUGAGCAUGAGGAGCAAAAGCAGAUCUCUUCAGUGGCGUGAAUCCCUUCUUGGAAACCGGAGACAGAAGGAAACAGGACACAGGGGAGUCU